UGAGGGGAAUGAUAAGCAGGUUGGUGUCAAAAAACCUGAAGAGAAUAAAGAGGGAGGUGACAAAUCAAAACCUCUUGAUGACCAAACGAGUGAGGGGAAUGAUAAGCAGACUGAUGUCAAAGAACCUGAAGAAGAUAAAAAGGGAGGAGAUGAAUCAGAACCUCUUGAUGACCAAACAAGUGAGGGGAGCGAUAAGCAGGUUGAUGUCAAAAAACCUGAAGAGGAUAAAGAGGGAGAUGACAAAUCAGAACCUCUGGAUGACCAAAUGAGUGAGGGGAAUGAUAAGCGGGCUGAUGUCAAAGAACCUGAAAAGGAUAAAGAGGAAGGAGAUGAAUCAGAACCUCUUGAUGACCAAACAAGUGAGGGGAGCGAUAAGCAGGUUGAUGUCAAAGAAUCUGAAGUAGAUAAAGAGGGAGAUGACAAAUCAGAACCUCUGGAUGACCAAAUGAGUGAGAGGAAUGAUAAGCAGGCUGAUGUCAAAGAACCUGAAGAGGAUAAAGAGGAAGGUGACAAAUCAGAACCUCUGGAUGAUCAAACGAGUGAGGGGAAUGAUAAGCAGGCUGAUGUCAAAGAAACUGAAAAGGAUAAAGAGGGAGGUGAUGAAUCAGAACUUCUCAAUGACCAAACGAGUGAGGGGAAUGAUAAGCAGGUUGGUGUCAAAAAACCUGAAGAGAAUAAAGAGGGAGGUGACAAAUCAAAACCUCUUGAUGACCAAACGAGUGAGGGGAAUGAUAAGCAGGCUGAUGUCAAAGAACCCGAAGAGGAUAAAGAGAGAGGAGAUGAAUCAGAACCUCUCGAUGACCAAACAAGUGAGGGAAAUGAUAAGCAGACUGAUGUCAAAGAACCUGAAGAAGAUAAAGAGGGAGGAGAUGAAUCAGAACCUCUUCAUGACCAAACAAGUGAGGGGAGCGAUAAGCAGGCUGAUGUCAAAAAACCUGAAGAAGAUAAAGAGGGAGGUGACAAAUCAGAACCUCUGGAUGACCAAACGAGUGAGGGGAAUGAUAAGCAGGCUGAUGUCAAAGAACCUGAAGGGGAUAAAGAGGGAGGAGAUGAAUCAGAACCUCUUGAUGACCAAACAAGUGAGGGUAGCGAUAAGCAGGCUGAUGUCAAAGAACCUGAAAAAGAUAAAGAGGGAGGAGAUGAAUCAGAACCUCUUGAUGACCAAACAAGUGAGGGGAGCGAUAAGCAGGUUGAUGUCAAAGAACCUGAAGAGGAUAAAGAGGGAGGUGACAAAUCAGAACCUCUUGAUGACCAAACAAGUGAGGGUAGUGAUAAGCAGGCUGAUGUCAAAGAACCUGAAAAAGAUAAAGAGGGAGGAGAUGAAUCAGAACCUCUUGAUGACCAAACAAAUGAGAGGAAUGAUAAGCAGGCUGAUGUCAAAGAACCUGAAGAGGAUAAAGAGGGAGGUGACAAAUCAGAACCUCUUGAUGACCAAACAAGUGAAGGUAGCGAUAAGCAGGCUGAUGUCAAAGCACCUGAAAAAGAUAAAGAGGGAGGAGAUGAAUCAGAACCUCUUGAUGACCAAACAAGUGAGGGGAGCGAUAAGCAGGUUGAUGUCAAAGAACCUGAAGAGGAUAAAGGGGGAAGUGACAAAUCAGAACCUCUGGAUGACCAAACGAGUGAGAGGAAUGAUAAGCGGGCUGAUGUCAAAGAACCUGAAAAGGAUAAAGAGGAAGGAGAUGAAUCAGAACCUCUUGAUGACCAAACAAGUGAAGGGAGCGAUAAGCAGGUUGAUGUCAAAAAACCUGAAGAGGAUAAAGAGGGAGGUGACAAAUCAGAACCUCUGGAUGACCAAACGAGUGAGGGGAAUGAUAAGCAG